AACAGACGGUACGGUCCAGAACGGUGGACCCAUCCCAUGCGAUUACUCCCUGGCUUCCUUCCUCUAGAUAAAAGCCCCAAAACCCCAACCCUCAACCUCCCCCCUCCUGAAACCCGACCCCAAACGCCAACCCUAACUCUUGCAGCGGCGGCGGAAAUGGUUUCCGGAUCGGGGAUUUGCACGAGGAGGGUGGUGGUGGACGCGCGCCACCACAUGCUGGGCCGUCUGGCGUCGAUCUUGGCGAAGGAGCUCCUUAAUGGCCAGAGAGUUGUGGUGGUGCGGUGCGAGGAGAUCUGCCUCUCGGGCGGCCUCGUCCGGCAGAAGAUGAAGUUCCUCCGCUUCCUCCGCAAGCGCAUGAACACCAAGCCCUCCCACGGCCCUAUCCACUUCCGCGCCCCCGCGAAGAUCCUCUGGCGCACCAUCCGUGGGAUGAUCCCUCACAAGACCAAGCGUGGAGCUGCGGCGCUGGCGAGGCUCAAGGCCUACGAGGGCGUGCCGCCCCCCUACGAUAAGACGAAGCGGAUGGUUAUCCCCGAUGCUCUCAAGGUGUUGAGGCUUCAGGCAGGGCACAAGUAUUGCUUGCUGGGCCGGCUAUCUAAGGAGGUCGGAUGGAGCCAUUAUGAUAUCAUCAGAGAAUUGGAGGAUAAGAGGAAGCAGAGGUCUCAGGUUGCCUAUGAGAGGAGGAAGCAGCUGGCAAGGCUCCGCAUGAAGGCAGAGAAGGCAGCUGAAGAGAAGCUUGGCUCUCAACUCAACAUUCUGGCCCCAUUGAAGUAUUGAUAGGCUUGUUUUAUAGAGUAAACGGUUUUGCAGAAGAUCUCCACUCUCAUAUUAGACGUUCUUAUGGAACCUCUUCAUAUUUGAAAUCUGUAGCUUUGUUGCCUUGGUAAUUUCUAGUGAGUUAACCUGGUUACAUCAAUUUGGAUUAAAAUGGUUGUGCCAAACCAAGUUCCUAUGAUCUAAUGGAUGCAAUUUUUGUUUUCAAGCCAAGCAUUACUUGAAUGCUUCAGUGAUGAAAUAUUAGUUUCACA